GCCUCCUCCGCGCCGCGCUGGCCGCUCCGCCGCCCGGACCGGGCCGGGCCGCCGCCAUGCUGAGCCGGCUCGGGGCGCUGCUGCAGGAGGCCGUGGGGGCGCGGGAGCCCAGCGUCGACCUGCUCGAGGCCUUCGUGGAGCACUGGAAAGGCAUCACGCACUACUACAUCGAAAGCACAGAUGAAAACACCCCGGUCAAGAAGACAGACAUUCCCUGGCGGCUGAAGCAGAUGCUGGACAUCCUGGUGUAUGAGGAGCAGCAGCAGGCGGCAGCCAGCGAGGCCGGGCCAUGUCUGGAGUACCUGCUGCAGCACAAGAUCCUGGAGACCCUGUGCACGCUGGGCAAGGCCGAGUACCCUCCGGGCAUGCGGCAGCAGGUGCUCCAGUUCUUCAGCAAGGUGCUGGCUCAGGUACAGCACCCGCUCCUGCACUACCUCCACGUCCACAGGCCCGUGCAGAAACUUCUCCGGCUUGGCGGGACAGCGCCGGGGUCCCUCACAGAGAAGGAGGAGGUGCAGUUCACCACUGUCCUCUGCUCCAAAAUCCAGCAGGAGCCGGAUCUGCUCACGUACAUCCUGGAGGGUAAAAAGAUGGUCAGCGGGAAGAAAGCGUCCAGAGAGACCCCCACCCUGCCCAGCGAGGCGGCCAGCGCCAGGGACCAGCCCGUGCCCAGUCCAGCUCCCGAGAGGGCUCCCCGCGGGGCCCAGGCCGGGUCCCCUCAGCCGCCCGCAGAGACGGAGGAGCCGGACGGAGGGGCCGGGGACAGCAGCCUCGUCACCUCCCUGCUGGGCCUGUGUAGGAGCAAGAAAGGCCGCGUGGCCCUGAAGGCCCGGGAGAACCUGCUGCUUCUGCUGAGCCUGGCCUCCCCAGCGGCCGCCGCCCACCUGGUACACAGCCGGGCCUGCUGCCCCGCCCUCGUCGCCCACCUGGCCCGGCUCUACCAGUCCCUGCCCGCCUUCCUGGACCCCGCCGACAUCGCCGCUUUAGAGGGCGUCAGCUGGAGGCUGCCCACUGCCCCAUCUGAUGAGGCCUCCUCGUUCCCUGGCAGGGAGGCCUUGGCGGCCUUCCUGGGCUGGUUUGAUUACUGCGACCACCUCAUCCUGGAGGCCCACCCGGUGGUGGCAGACGCUCUGGCCAAGGCGGUGGCUGAGAAGUUGCUGGUGGAAAUCCUGCAGCCGCAGCUGCUACACGUGUCCGAGCAGGCCCUGCUGACCACCACCGCGCUGCUCACGGCCAUGCUGCGGCAGCUCCGCGCCCCUGCGCUGCUGCGGGAGGUGGUCGCUUUCCUCUUGGGUCCCGACCAGCCUCCUGCUGCGGCUGCCGCUGAGGACAGCCCCCCAACACUGUGUACUCACCUCAUCAGGCACUGUGACCACCUUUCCGACGAGAUCAGCAUCACCACGCUGCGGCUGUUUGAGGAGCUGCUGCAGAAGCCAGACCCGCGGAUCCUCCACAGCCUGGUCCUGUGUCACCUUGAGGGCCGCCCUUACGUGGCGCGGGGCUGCCCCGAGCCCGAGAACUACGAGGACACCCUGGAUCUGGAGGAGGACCCCUACUUCUCCGACGGCUUCCUCGACACCGGCUUCCAGCCCUCCGCUAAGCCUCCCCCCGCCCCGGCCACUAACUCCGACGGCAGAACCGCGGUCACUGAGAUCGUCAACAGCUUCCUCUGCCUGGUCCCCGAGGAAGCUAAGACCUCCGCGUUCCUGGAGGAGACAGGAUACGACACAUACGUCCACGACGCUUACGGACUGUUCCAGGAGUGCAGCUCCCGCGUCACCCCCUGGGGAUGGCCCCCGAGUCCCGCCCCCCUGGACCCCCACGAGCCCGAACGGCCCUUCUUUGAGGGGGCCUUUCUGCAAAUGCUGUUUGACCGCAUGUCCCGGAUUCUGGAGCAGCCAUACAGCCUGAACCUGCAGGUGACCUCCGUCCUGUCCCGGCUUGCCCUCUUCCCCCACCCCCAUGUCCACGAGUACCUCCUGGACCCCUACAUCAGCCUGGCCCCCGGCUGCAGGAGCCUCUUCUCUGUGCUGGUCAGGGUGAUCGGGGACCUGAUGCAGAGAAUCCAGAGGAUACCCCAGUUCCCGGGGAAACUGCUGCUGGUGCGGAAGCAGCUGAUGGGCCAGGUCCCCGGGGAGCACUUGGACCACCAGACCCUGCUCCAGGGGGUGGUGGUGCUGGAGGAGUUCUGCAAGGAGCUGGCGGCCAUCGCUUUCGUCAAGUUUCCCCCGCACGGCCCUCACCCGGGCCUCUCCGCACAGCCCGAAGGCCACGUCUGAGCCAGCAGCACAUGGGGAAGGCGAGGGCCCCCGUCUGCG